CAAAAUCAAAUAAUUGAAAAAGAAAACUUUCUGGCAUUACAACCGGUUUGGUUGUGUCAUCUUCCUCAUAUUUUGAAGGGAGUUUUUGGACCAAAAACCACCAUGAAUGCCCUCAAACUUAGUGAAACUAUAUGUUUUCAUUCAUCUUUAUUCUCUCGUGAAUUGACAAAUACUUAUAUCAAGAAUCUAAAUGCUAGUAUUAAACCUCGUAAAAGAACAAGAUUGGCAUUGAGAGCUAGUGUUGAUGAACAAAAAGAGAAAAAGAGUUCAGAGAAACGAAGCUUUCUAACCCUAGAAGAAGCUGGUCUUGUUGAAAUGUCGGGUUUAAGCAGUCAUGAAGGAUUUUUAUGUAGAUUGACGAUAUCUUCGCUAAAUCUUUUGAGGGUGAUAGGAGAGCAAGAAGGUUGUAGUAUUGAGGAAUUAAAUGCAGGGAAAGUGUGUGAUUGGUUUCUGAAGGACAAACUCAAAAGAGAGCAGAAUUUGGAUGCUGUUCUUCAGUGGGAUGAAUCUAAUUUCCAACUAUAAAAAAAAAACCUUUUGACCCUAAAUUUCCACAAAUAUACACUAUGUUACAACUAGCAAUUGGAUGGUAGUUUUGUCAAUUGGGAAAUUAUUGUCGAUUGUUUAUUCAAAGGUUCAAACAUGCUCCUAAAAACAAACAUAAGAAAUAUUAUCGCAUAAUUAAUGCACUUUACAUUCUCCAA